GCAAUAAAAUAUGAGGUCUGCAUUGCUGUGUGGGCGAGCACGCUCAACCGCAGCACACAAACAACAAUCAGUUGACAAGUUUGCGUGCCCUUUCAAGCGCUGUUUUGCAAGGGGGCAUCGCUGGCAUGCUCAGGGUCGCUGGGGCUGGCAAGUUCCCCGGCGACGCCAAUGCUGAAGCGGCGACGGCGGCGGCUGCCCGCGGGUUCGGGGGCUCUCGCCCUGGGCGUGGCGUCAGGGGCAGCAGUGGGACCGGGAGUAGACAGGGUGACGGGUUCGGCAGCGUCCGUGGCGGCCGCAGCGGCGGUCGCUCCUGGGGCGGCCGCAGCGGCUCUAGCGGCGGCCGUGGCCCUGGCUCCCGCGGCCCGCCGCCGCAAGUCGGGACCCGUGUGCCGCCGGCCUCACCCGAUGACGUGGCGGCCUGGGUUGGCACGGCUGACGGCGGCGACAGCGGUGGCGGGAUCAUGGGGCGCAUCACGGCGGCCACUCUAUGGCAGCAGCUUACAGCCAUUCUGGAGAGUGAGGCCGGCGCUGUAGCAGCCGCUGCAGCGGCAGCUGCCGCUACUGCUACUGCUACUGCUACUGCCGCUGCAUUUCCUGCUGCAGCGGCUACUGCUGCUGUGGGGUCCAUGGCAGCUAGCAGCACCAGCACCAGCAUCCCGCCGCCGGGCGGGGACAGAGCCGAGGAGGCCGCAAUGCCAGGCGAGGCCGGCGGCGGGGCGUCGACCCGUACCACGCCGCCGCCACCGCCGCCAUCAUUGGGCGAGCCCGAGCUGCUCCUACUGCUGUGGCGGGCGGUGUGCGGCUGCUUACAAACCUUCACAGACGGCUCCCUUCUGCUCCUGCCCCCGCCGCCGCUGCCAGUCGGCUCUCAGUCCGGCACUGGCGCUGCCCUGUUCCCGCACAUGCCCGCUCUCCCUGGUAGCACCGCCACCACCCACGCCGCCACGCCCAGCCCGUUUGGCGCUACUAUGGGUGGUGGCGGCGCAAUAGACGACCUUUUCUCAUUCAGCGCAUCCGGCGUCGAUCUCACAAACGGUUUGGGCACGGGCGCGGCCCGGGCGCCCCUGGCAGCGGCCGGGGCGGCGGUAACAACGGUGCCAAUGUGGACUGUUGCUCCCCUGGCGGGCAGUGGCGUGGCGCGACAGCGGUGCCUGCGGGCGCUGGCGGCGGCGCUGGCGCGACUGGCUCCGCGCCUGAGUCCUGCAGGUCUGGCGGCGGGGGUGCAGCUGGCGGCGCGGCUGGGCCAGGUGGCGGCUGGCGGCAACACAGGUGGAGGAGGCGGUGGUGGUGCAGGCGGUUAUGUACAGGAAGGGCACCGGCAGGCGGCGGGUGCGGCGGCGUGGGAGCUGGCGGCGCCCCUUUUGCAGGCGACGGCGGCCACGGCCGCGGCAGCGACGGCGGCCGCGGCAGUGACGGCAGGUGCAGGGGAUGGGGGCCCGGCGCUGGUGGCGGUUGCGCCUGAAACGGCGACGGCACUGGUGGAUGUGUUGGUGGCGCUGCCGCUGCUGCAAGCACUGGAGCCGGAUCAUGGGCCGGGGAGCCAUCAGCAGGCAGGACUGCAGGCGCAGCAGCAGCGGCGGCGACCUCCGCAGCAGCAGCACGACGGGCAAGGAGACAGGCCCAGCGAGGCCUGCCCCCUGUCGAGGCGGGUGCUGGAGACGGCGCUGGGGACGCUGUGUGUGCGGGCGGGCGCGGUGGCGCCGAGUACACGCGAGCUGGCGGUGUGCUUGGCGGCGGCGGCGCGGUGCGGGCUGGCGCCGCCGCCGGCCUGGCUGGCGCUGCUUCAGUGCGAGGUCCGCAGCCAGCUGCUGCUGCUCACGCCGGCGCAAGGGGCAGUGCUGCUGGCGGCGGUGCAGGGGCUGGAGAGGCACGCGGGCGGGAGCGGCGGCCGAGGGGCGGCGGGGAUGCCGGCACCGCUGGUCGCGCCAGCGUGGGCGGACAUGGUCUGGCGCGAGGUCAGGGGCCGGGCAGGCGCUGCUCCUGCUGCUGGUGGCGGCGGCGGUCCUAGUUGCGGUCUUGGUCUUGGGUUUGGUUUUAGUGGUGGCGGCGUUGGCGGAGGUGUGUUUGGGCCCCAGGCGCUGGUGGAUCCGGACCUUCAGGAGCUGGGCUGGUUCGCGGAUGCAGGCCUGCUGCUCAUGCCGCCGCCUCCGCUUCCGCCGUCACCAUCGGACACACCGCAGGAGUUGGGCGGGCAGGGCGGCGCAGGAGCAGGGGACGGGCACGGCGGCCGUGAGGACCCCGUGGGGUGGCUGGUGCAGCACCUGGCGGUCCGCACUGCGCGGCAGUGGCUGCUGCCCACGGAGGCAGCGGCGCCGCAGGCAGCGGGACCGGGGCCGCAGGAGCUGGUGGCAGUGCUGGCGGCGCUGGCGCGCGUGGCGCCAUUCGCAGGCGCCGCCGCGACCGCAGGCAAGGACGCAGGUGGCGGUGCAACUGCCACGGACAGUGCCGGCGCAGGCGCAGAUGGUGGUAUGGUUGCGGACGCUGCUGCUACGCAGCUGGGCGGCGGAGCUGGGUGGCGGCAGGAGCUGCUGGCGGCGGCAGUAGCGGCAGUGCUUCAGUGCCUCGGCGGCACGCCUGCACUCGCCGCGCCUGCACCCGCCGCCCAACCUGCUACUGCCGAACUUGCUUCCAGGGCUGGCUGUAGCAUGGAGUGGCUACAGCUGGCGCAGUGCACGGAGGCGCUGGCGGCGCUGGCGCAGGCCGCGGCGGAGGACGAAGCGCAGGGCAACCGGGCUGCUGCUGCGGUGCCGACGGGCCCUGCUACUGCUGCUACUGCUGCUACUGCUGCUAGUGCGGGUUCUGCUACUGCCGCCGCUGUGGGUAGCGCUAAGCUGCCAGACCUGGAUGCGCUGGUGUGGCGGCUGCAGCAGGCGCUGCUGGAAGCUGCUGCGGCGGCGGGCAGCCGGGCGGCAGUAGCUACGAUGGCUGCGGCGGUAGGCCCCGGCGAGCUGGUAUGGCUGCUGCGGGCGGAGGCUGCGCUACUGCGGAUGCAGGAGCUGUGGCCGCGGCAAGCGCACCACCUGCCGCCAGCACGUGGCCUUGCCCGACGGCUGCUUGCGGCGUUGAUUGCACCCUUGUUGAGGCAGGCGCCUCUGGCCCAGGCGGCACACAACCCGGCGUCACAUGCGGCCGCUGCUACUGCUGCCGCCGCCAUGCCGCCCGCGCAGCUGCUACAGCUGCUGGCGGCGGCGCAGCAUCCCUGGACGGCGGGGAUGUUCGACGGCGAGCUGUUGGCGGCCGGCAGCAGCAGCAAUAGCAGUAGCAGCAGUAGCAGUAGCGGUAGGAGCACUAGUCGCAGUGGCGAAGCCGCUGCAGCAGGCAGAUUGACGGUGCCAGCCCAGGCCGCCUCGGCCCGUGGAGUGGUGGUCACUGCGCUCCUGGACUCCCUUCCACUGACGACCGCUUCCGCCGGCGCCCGUGGUGAUGCGGCGGCGGCGGCAGCGGCGGCGGCGGCGCUCGACCUGGCCGUUGCGCUGCUGCCAGCGGCCGUGCAUGCGCUGCGCACGCCGGCUGAUGCCGUGGCGGCGCUGCGCGCGGCAGCGGACCGACAACAGCGCCACCAGCGGCAGCAGCAGGCGCUGCAGCAGCAGGGCCAGCGAACGGGGCGGCUGAGGCAGGCCGACGCGCUGGCGGCGGCGGCGUUGCCGGCAGCGCUGUCACGGCUGCUGGCACUAGCGAUACCGCCGCCGCCGCACCAGGAGCCCGGCUUCAUGGACGUCGGCGCCGCCGCACCGGCGCCAGCGGCGCUGGUGGCGCCGGAGGUGUGGUGUGAGGCGCUGGCGGCGCUGCUCGACGGCGUGCGUGCGCUCGACCCCGCCAACGCCAAAGCCGCCUCCUCCACCAGCAGCCCUGCCGCGGCGGUGGGUGCCCCGGCGGGGCCCCGACGCGCCGCCACCUCAUCCGCCGCCGCCGCAGGUUACUUCGCCUGGCCGCCGCAGGCCUUCUCUCCACCACCUCCGCCUCCGCCGCUGGUGCAACUGCGGCGGCUGUGGGGAGCGCUGGAUCGCUGCUGGCCGCUGAUGGCUCCAGGCCAGUUGGUGCGGGUGUUGGGGCUGCUGGCGGACCUGCACGCGCCCCUGAGCGCCAUGUCCUCGAGGGGCGCGGCGGCGGCGGGCGGCGAGCCGACGGCGGCGGACUUACAGGCGCUGCAGCGCGCCGUUGCAUCCCGCAUGGCUGACAUGACGCCGACGGAGCUGGCGGAGGCAGUGACGGCGACGGCACGGCUGCCAGCGGCGGCGCCGCCGUGUGAUGAGUGGCUGGCGGCGCUGACGACCGUACUGGCGGCGCCGCCACCGCCGCCGGCGCCGCUGGCGGGCGGGCUGCAGGGCUUGCGCGCGGCGGAGGCGCUGGCGCUGGUGCUUGCGUGUCUGGACAUGAAGGCGGCGGCGCCGGUGACGGCGCGGGACGCGGUCAUGGUGCCUGUGCUGCCGCUGCUGGAGCAGCUGGGGCUGGCGCUGGUGGCGGACCACGGGCCGCCCGGGCCGGUGAGGGACGCAGCCAAAGCGCUGCGGGCGGCGCCGGAUGAGGCUGCAGCUGCUACUGCCGUUGCCGCCGCCGUCGCGGGGGCUGCUGCGGCGCCCGCUACACCCGCAGCGCCGUCACCGCCACAGCCGACGCGGCCGCUGCCGCCGCCGCCCUCGUGUGGCGAGCUGUGCCGGCUGCUGCCACGGCUAGCAGCCCUGGCGACCCACCCCGCCACCGCCCAGGCGAUGGGGAGCGCCGCGGCCCCGAUGCUGUCGUACUUGGCGGCUGUGGGCUUUGCCGGCGCCGGACCCGCCGACCUGGCGGCGUGUGUGUCGGGUCUGGGUCGCCUGCUGGUGCUGCCGGGCGGGCACUGGGUGGCGGCGCUGUGCGAGGCCACGCGGCCGCUGCUGCUCAGCCGCGGCACCAGCUUGGCCGAGCUGGCGGCGCUGUCACACGCCAUGGCCACUGCGCUGCUGCUGCCGCCGCCUCAAUGGCAGCGAGACCUGGAGGCCGCCACGGCACAACGCAUGGCCCGAGCGGCGGCCGAGGCGGCGCAGUUGGCGGCGGCAGGUGUAGCCGAGGCCCCUGGUUCUGGGAGAGGCGGCAGCAGGAGCGCGGGCGGCGGCGGCGGCGGUGGCGGGGGACUGCGCAGCGCGGCUGACCUGAAGGCCCUGGACCAGCUGCUGACGGCGCAGGCGCUGUGGUGGCGGCUCAGUAGCGGCAGUAGCACCAGUAGCAGCAGCAGCAGCAGCAGCAGCAGCAGCAGCAGCAGCAGCAGCAGCAGCAGCAGCAGCAGCAGCAGCAGCAGAAAGGACAGCGGAGCAGAAGCCGCAGCAGUCACAGAGCUGCGGCCGUCUCCGGGCUGGUUGGAUGCGUUGGUGGAGUGUGCGGCGGCGCUGAUGGCGGCGCUGGGUCCGGCGGCCAGUCCGCAGUCGGCUCUGGCUGGACUGCCGUACACGCUGCACGUGCUGGGACACGACCCGGGCCCUGACUUCAUCUCCGCACUGCUUGCCGCGUGCAGCCGCUACCUGCCGCUGCUGCCGCUAGCCAGGGACCCAGGCCUUGCACACGAACACACAGCCCCCGGCGCCCCCACCCCCACCCUCAGCCCCACCCCCAACGCCAACCCAGGCGGCGGCGGCGGCGGCGGCACGCAACAGCAGCAGGCGCAGGAGGCGGCGGGGCCUCAUGUGGUGGUGCAGGUGCCUGCCUCCGCGCCCGCCUUCACGGGUCCGCAGCUGUCGCGGUUGGCGCUGGGGCUGGCGGGUCUGGGCUACCAGCCCGAGGACGCCUGGGUCAGGUGCCUGCAGAUGGAGUCGGCUCUGCGGCUGUCGGGCUGCGACCCGCACGAGCUGGCAGACCUGCUGGAGGGACUGCUGCUGCUGGCGGAGGGCUGCGAGGCAGGCGGCGGCAGUAGCAGCAGCAGCGCUAGCGGCAGUAGCAGCACCAGUGGCAGUAGCGGCGAGGCCCAAUGGGUGGACUCCCGCCUGGUCCCGGCCUUCCUGGGGUGCUGGUGGGCGGCGGCGGAGAUAGCGAUGCACAACGACACGGCAGUGGCGGCGGCCGCACUGGAGCGCAGGGCCCGGCGUGUGGACCUGCGCCUCGCCACCGCCAUGCGGGCCGAGCUGCGCGCGCGCCUGUCCGACCGCUCCGGCGCCGGCGCCGCCUGGGGCUACUGGUCGGAGCAGCUGCCGGGGCUGGACCCGGACCGGCUGUUCGAGAUGAGCGACCAGGACAUCGAGGCCGAGCUGGCGGCGCUGCAGUUCCCGGUGUUUGACGCCGGCAUGGCGCUGGCGGCCGCGCAGGAGGAGCAGCAGGCAGACCAGCAGGAGCAGGAAGAACAGGAGCAGGAGCAGGGAAGGACGGGCCGAUGGCGCCGCCCGCAGCCCGACGGCGGCAGUGGCGGCGGCGGCGGCCCAAUCAAGGAUGGUAACAAGGUGUCGUUUGAUGUGGGCAUGCCCGUGCUACAGCGCUACACACUGUGGGCCAUCCUGCGAGGCGGCGGCAGUAGCAGCACUGCAGCAGGGGAGGCGAGCGAGCCGGCAGGCCGCAUCCCGGGCCCGCUGCCGGAGGGCGCGGCCGCCUGGGUGGGCAGCCUGGCGGUGCGGAGUGUGGCGCUGCUGUCGGGGCCGCGUGCGGCGCCGGCGGCUGACGGGCGGCUGACGGCGGCGCAGCUGCAGCAGCUGGCGGCGGCGGCGGCGGCGCCGGGCUCGGCUGUGGUGGUGGCGCCGCCGGCGUUCUGGUUGGAGAGCAUGUUGGCGUGUCAGGCGGCGGCGAUGAUGCUGGGGGCGUACGGUGGGGCCGGGUCACUCAGCCUUGCAGAGUACGAGUCGGCGGUGGGGCAUGACGCGGAUGGAGCUGAGGCAGGCGAGCCGUGGCGGCGGCAGCUGCUGCAGCGGCGGGCGGCGGCGGCGCAGCGGGCAGCGCUGCUGCAGGCGGCGGCGGCGCAGCGGGCAGCGCUGCUGCAGGCGGCGGCGGCGGCGCGGGCGUGGGCCCUGCCGCCGGUGCCCGAGUGGGGCGAAGCCUUCCUGCGUGCCUCGCGCCUCGCCUUCCUGUCGCCGCCGCCGCCGCCGCUGCCCCAGCCCUCGCGCCAGUCUUCUCCUCCUGCCGCCGGCGUGGGCCCCGGCGCUUCAGCUGCAGACGCUGCUGACACAGCAGCUGCUGUCACCGGCCCCGGCGGCGGCGACGGCAGCGGUGGUGAUGGCGGCAGUGGCGGCUCCGCCAGCUGUUUGUCGGAGCUGCUUCAGCUGCUGCUGGCGGCCGUGGCACUGGACAUGCAGCCGGGCGAGGGCUGGCUGCGGGCGGCGGAGGCGACCAGCGUGGACCUGAUGCGCGGCGGCGGCGGCAGCGGCGUCGGCCCAGAGGAGGCGGUGGCGCUGGUGCUGGCGCUGCAGCGGCUGGGGCACACGCCCAGCCGGUUGUGGGCUGAGGCAGUGCUCGAGCGCAUGGCACAGGGGCUGCCCACACCCACACAGCUUUCCGAACCCGGAGCUCCCGGAGCUUACGCAACAGCGGCGCCGUCCGUAACCGGGAAUCCCGCACCAAUGUUAGGAGCAGCAGCAGCGGCAGCAGAGGCUGCAGGGGCGGCGGCCCUGCUGCCGCCCGCGAGUGUGGCGGGCGUGGUGGUGGCGCUGGCGGCGAUGCGGGUGCGGCCGAGUGACGGCUGGGUGGAGGCGGCGCUGGCGGCGCUGCAUGAGAGGCACGGCGAUCUGCCUGCGCCGCUGCGUGCGCGGCUGCUGGCGGCGCUGCCCCAGCUGGACGUGACGCCCUCGGCUGUGUGGCUAGGCCCGGCCGUGGAGGCGUUCUGGGAGGGCGUGCCGCUACUGCUGGAGCCCCUGCGGCAGCGCCUGAGGCAGCUGUCCAGAGGCGGGACAGAAACAGGGGCAGCAGCGGGGGCAGCAGCGGGGGCAGCAGGAGCCAGCAGCGACACACAGCCGGGGUUGGAGGCGGCGGGUGAAGGUGCGGGUGCGCCUGGCGACGCCGCAGCUGCAGCGCUGGUGGCGCCACUGGUGUCUGGCCUGACGGCCGUCAGCGAGCUGGGGGUGCCGGUGAAGCAGCAGCAGCUGACAGCGUUGCUGGGCCGCCUCUCAGACCUCAUGGCGCCGCCGCCUACGGCUGCCGCUGCUGCCGCUGCCGCUGCCGCUGCCGCGGCACGCAGCCCGGGCGCCGCCACCACGUCGUCUGCCGCAGCGACCACAACAGCGGCGGCGGCCACGCUGGCGGCUGCGGAGGUGGGCCGGGUGCUGGUGUGCCUGGCGGCCAUGCGGCGCGCCACACCCAGCCGGGCCAACCAGAGGGUGCUGGACUCACUGUUCGCGGCGGCGGCGGAGCGGCUGCCGCUGUCGGGGCCGCUCACGGCGGAGCUGCUGGAUGCGUGGGACAAGCUGGUGCCUCCGUGAAGUUAGCUGGAUGCAAUGUGGGCGUUUUAGAGAAAGAUGGCGUGGUGGUUUAGCUUAUAGGGCGUGGGGUCAGCCGGUGCGGCGGGAUUGCGGCAAGUGGGUGGGGGUUCUGGCACUCGGGUUCUGGCGUCUCCUCUCCCCAUGUGGGGACCGGUCCGCUCGGACGGAGCCUUGCAUGGCGUGCUAUCUGCAGCGGCAGGCCGGACGUUCGGCUACCACGGUGCCACCGCCGCUACUGUACUGCAGCUAGUACUGCGGCGGUCGGCGAGGCUGCAAGGGGGACCCAGCGGGGACCUCCAGGCGGGCCGGCAAGGUGGGCACGGCGACCAGGAAGCCUUUCCCGCCCGGGACAUUGGAACGCGCAUUCGGGCCUCCUGCUGAUGCCGGUACACACCUCAGUACUCCCCAAACAUUUGGGCUCAUAGGAUUGCAAGCGCGCUGCUUGUGA